AUGUCAAAAUAAGCAAAUCGUCUGCCUGAUUUAGAAAAUAAUAGUUUUAGAGAUUCUAAAUAAAUCCAAGAAUUGAGAAAGAAAUUAGAUGAAUAAAAAGAAACCUUAAAAGAACUAGUAAGCUUAGUCAAAGAAUCUAAAACUGAAUCUUUAAAACCUAAAUUUAAUCCUUAAUUUAGAUUGGCUAAAUCUGAAUAAGAUUAAAUUACAUUUGAAUUAUUAGAAGAAGUGAAAACUUUAAGAAGAUAAAUAAAUAAUAUUGAAUCUGGACCUAAAAGCAAUCAUAUUUAAAAUCCUAUUAUAAUACCUCAAUAUCUACCUACACCCUAAUAACCUUUAUUAUAACCUAUGCCUCCUUAUAUGUAUAUGAAUCCUUAUUUUCAAAUGCCUUCAAAUUUGAUGUAUUAGAAAUCUUAGAAUCAAGCACCUAAAAAAAAAGUAGAUCCUUAUAAAAAGUUGGUUCUAAAGAUCUUAUAAAAAGGGGAGAGAGAAAAUCAUAGAAGUAGAAGAGAUUCAAAUUAUAGUGAUUAUUCAGAAGAUUAUAAUGAUAGACCAGAUUCUAGACCACAUAGACAUCGUUCACAUAGGGAUAGAUAUUAGGAUAAAGGUCGUGAUUUAUCAUAUUAAAAUAAAACAAGUAAAGGAUCUCUGCAUGAUAGUUAUGUGAGCAAAUAUACUAGAUCAUCAGUUAAAAUAAAAACAAAGAAACCUAAAGUAUUUACAGAGGAGGAGAAAUUACAAUUGAAAAGAAAGUUAAGUGGAGCAUUUUGGUUUAUAAGAAUUGGAUUGGUUUUAAAAAAGUAUUUAAGAAGAGUUUGGUUAAAUAGAAGAUAAUAAUAUUAUGAAAAUGAAGCAUAAUAAUUAAUAGAUAAAUUUGAUUAUGAAUUUGUAAUUAAUAUAUAAAAUUUAGAUAGAACCAUAAAGAAGUAUUCAUAUUACUUGUUGUUGAAUGUAAUAAAAAUAGAUUAUUUAAUAAAAAUUGGAAUAUUUUUGAUAAUAGAGAUAUUGAAUAAAAAUCUAAAAUAGUUUUUUAAAUAUUAACUAUUUUAAUUAAGAAAAUACCAUUUUUAACAAAGAAUUCAUUUAGUGUAGAGCAUAAAUAAUUUGUAAAGAAAAUAUCAUCUCAAGGAGGAUUCUUAUUACCAGGACAUCCUAAAUUUGUAACUGAUAGAGUAUAUUUAAGACCAAAUGUUACUAUUGGGUAAUAAUGUAAUAUAUAUAGAGAUAAAUAAAUGUUGAAGUAAGCAAAAUGAUUUAAAUGGAUUAUGUAUAUAUAUAGGUUAUUGUUCAAAGAGUAUUACUUAUUCAUGAAUGGUAUUCAUAAUUCAAUAAAAUACCUAAUCAUAAAGAAGCAAUUAAAAUAUUAGUUUCAGUUUUACAUUAAUUAUAUAUUGAUUAAUUUAGUAAUCUAAAAGUUUAUGAAAAUAAUGAUGCUAUUUAUAAUGUAAUUAUAAUUUAUUAUAUUAAUAGAAAUAAUAAGUAGUAUUUUGUGAUUUUACAUAAUUCAAUUAUGUAGAUGUUGCAAUUACUAUUGAUGAUAAACACUAGAAAUAUGAAGUGACAACUAAUUGUUGCAUAUUAGGAUUGGCUAAUAAGGAAGAUAUGCAAUAAUUAUAUGAUCAACCUGGUUAUAAAGAUUUAUAAGCUAUGUUCAAAGAUUAUUGUGAUUAUUUUUAUUCAUAAAUUAACUUUUGAAUUUUUAUUAGAAUUUCAGAUAGUUCUUGCAUACGUAAUCAUAAUAAUUAAAUUAUAAUAGUGAUGAAAUUAUUAGACGACAAUUUAGACUCUAACAGCACUGAUAUUUACUAUGAAUCAAAUAGUCGAUAUUUCUAAUUAACACUAUUUUUAGGAGCUUUGGUUUCUAAUAUAAUGUUUGGAUUUUCAUUAUCUCCAAUCACAAAAGAAAUUUCAACUAUUUAUGGAGUAUCCUAAACGUAAAACAUAUGAUAGAGAACUUAGGUGGCUCUAAUUGUUAAGUGUGAGCUUUACCCUAUUCUCAGCAAUAAUGAUCAUUCCAGGAAAUAUUUUAAGCGAAAAAUACGGAAUAUAAUAUAAUAUCAAAUUGGGUAUAUAUGGCAUAAAAUAAUUAAGGUUGUCUUCUAACAUUUAUUGGAUCACUAAUGGCUUUGCUAGUUAAUUAUUCAUUCUGGUGGCUUUAUUUUGGAGAAUUAGUAUCUUUGGUUGGAUUUCCUUUCCGUUUGAUUUCUGCAUCCAAAUUUACAGCCAAUUGGUUUUAUCCAAAAAAUAGGAUUAUUAUUAUGGUUAUUAUUGCUCUUCUAUUUAAUUCAAGUACAGGUAUAUCAAUAAAAAUACCAUUAUUUAUAUUUGGUGAUUAUGAUGUGGAAUAAGAUGCCUUAAUUGAUUAUUCUGAAGGUAGAACAUAUGUCUUUUAAUUAAUGGCAUUUUUAGCAGGAAUUAUGUUUAUAACAACAGUUCCAACAUUAUUUUUCUUUAAGGCUAAACCCAAACAUCCUCCCUCAUAUAGUGCAUCUGAAGUAUAUAAUAAUUUAUAAAUUAUAAGCAAUGUAUUAGAGAGAAUUAUACAAAAGCAGCAAAAAUGUUAAUAAAAAAUUCUGAUUAUUUAAAAUUGGCUUUUGCUUUUUCAUUAAUAUUGGGACCUGUCCUAUUACUCACAGUGCAAAUGGAAUUUGUAGUUAAACCAUUUGGGUAUAAUUUAGAAUAAAUAUCAAAUGUAAUUCUUGUAGGAGUAAUAGCAGGAUUAUUAGGAGAUGUAGUAGUUGGAUCAACUGUAAAAAAGUUAGGAAAAUAUAAAAUAGUAUUAUAAAUAUGUAAUGCUACUACUACUUUUUUUUAUGGAUUCCUUAUAUUAAGUCUUGUUCUAAAAAUUCAUUGGUUAUUUUAUAUAUGCUAUUUCUUUGUUUGUUUUUGUUCAAGUAUUUUAGCAUUGACAUUUGAAUUUUCAUGUGAAAUUAGUUUUCCUGUUAGUGAAACAUCUACUAUAGCAUAUUUAGGAUUGAUUGGAAAUGGAUUUAACUUUUUAUAAGCUAUUCCUGAAAUUCUUAUACUUUCAGUAAAUAUAUUUUAUGAAUUUUAGAUUGGUAAAGAAAGUACUUCAAUUAUUACUUUGAUAAUAAUGUUUGGAAUUGGAUUAUUUGGCAAUUUUGUUUCCUACUCUAUCAAUGAAAAGUUAAAGAGACAAUAAGUAGAUAAUCUUCAUGAUACGAAGUAAAAUUUAGAUUCAUAAUGUGAUACUGAUUGA